AUGUACCAAGAAGUCGCACUUCUCUUAGCUCUCCUCUUCGUCUCUUCCAACAUCGUCGUAUCUGCCCCAAUCCGCGAUGGUUUAUUACCAAACGGCAAUUUCGAGAUGGGUCCUAAACCGUCCCAACUAAAAGGAUCCAUUGUUAAGGCACGAACCGCCGUACCGAGCUGGGAGAUAACCGGUUUCGUGGAGUACAUCAAAGCUGGUCAGAAACAAGACGACAUGGUCCUGGUCGUACCGGAAGGCUCCUCCGCCGUCAGACUAGGCAACGAGGCCUCAAUCUCCCAGAAAAUCUCUGUCCUGCCAGGCCGUCUAUACUCGAUCACGUUCAGCGCAGCUCGAACAUGCGCUCAGGACGAGCGGCUCAACAUCUCCGUCACACACGAGUCCGGUGUCAUCCCUAUCCAGACCGUGUACGGCAGUGAUGGCUGGGACUCAUACUCUUGGGCUUUUAAAGCUGGUGGACCCGACAUAGAGAUUCGGAUCCAUAACCCGGGUCACGAGGACCACCCGGCUUGUGGACCGUUGAUCGACGCUAUCGCUAUCAAGGCUUUGUUCCCUCCAAGAUUCUCUGGAUAUAAUCUGAUAAAGAACGGUAAUUUCGAAGAAGGGCCUUACGUGUUUCCCACGGCAAAAUGGGGAGUAUUGAUCCCACCGUUCAUGGAGGACGACAACAGUCCGUUGCCCGGUUGGAUCAUCGAAUCUCUCAAGGCUGUUAAGUACGUCGACAAGGCACACUUCUUCGUCCCUGAGGGACAGCGAGCCAUCGAGCUAGUCGGAGGCAAAGAGAGCGCCAUUUCUCAGAUCGUGAGGACCUCGGUUAACAAAUUCUAUGCCCUCAGUUUCAACGUAGGAGACGCGAGAGACAUGUGCGAGGGACCGAUGAUAGUGGAGGCUUUCGCUGGAGGGAGCAAGAUCAUGGUGGACUACAAGUCUACGGGGAAAGGCGGGUUUAAACGGGGAAGGCUCGUGUUCAAGGCCGUGUCGGCGAGGACACGUGUCACUUUCUUGAGCACGUUUUACCAUACGAAAAGUGAUCACUCUGGGUCGAUGUGUGGCCCGGUGAUCGAUGACGUCAGCCUAGUGGAGGUUGGGAAACUCCGAGGAUGA